AUGACAGAACCCACCACUAUUCCCGAGGACCUGAAAGACCGCAUGAAGAACUCCUACGAUGCCAUAGCACAUACCUACAACGCCAAGCUCGGCACUGUCCUCGACAACAUCCGCCUCGAUUACGUCAACCGCCUGCUCGACCUCCUCAAAGACACAGGGCGAGAAGAAGUUACAAUCCUGGAACUAGGCUGCGGCGCCGGCAUUCCAAGCACAAAAACCUUCUUAGACAACCCCAAGCCCUCCAUACACGUCACCGCAAACGACCUCUCAACUGUGCAACUCGACCUCGCGCGCCAGCACCUUUCGGACCAUGUAAAGUCCGGGAAGGUCAAGCUUAUUCAGGGAGAUAUGCUCGCCCUCGACUUCCCUGCCCGCUCCUUCGACGCCGUAACAGGCUUCUACUCUGUCAUUCACCUCCCCCGCGACGAGCAGGUUCUCCUCAUGCAAAAAAUAGCCACUUGGCUGAAGCCGGGUGGGUACUUCCUUGCAAAUUUUGCGGAGGAAGAGAAGGAGAUCAAUGUGAUGGAGAACUGGCUAGGGGAGGACAAGGGGUGGACAUUUUGGAGUGCGUGGGGUGCGGAGGGGAGUGUGAAGAUGGUUGAGGAAGUUGGGUUGGAGGUGUUGGUGAGGGACACGAGGGAGAGUAACGUUGAUGCGACGUUUUUGUGGGUUAUUGGUAGGAAAGGGGCUUGA